AUGGCCUUCAUACUUCCAGAGGCAGGUCUCCUUGGGACAAUUUCAGAUCGUGGAACAGUUUUGAGUAUGCAAUCAGAUUUCAAUGGCGGCCCAACUGCUUUAGCUUUCAGGAGAAGGGACAAUGAUAGGGACUGCAUUUAUGUGGCACCAUGCGGCGGAUUCAUGAAUCUACUCAAUGAUAUGGAAUUUACCGAGACAAGCAGUAAUUGCCCAAGUUGGUCUUGGAGUGUGAGGUGA